AAGUGCUGGCAGCGGGUGGGUUGUGUGGGGUUGGGUUUUUUGUUGGGUUUCUUUUUUUUUCCCUUUUUUUUUUUCCCCCCUCUCCCCGCAGCGCAGGGCUGUAAUUUGCUGAAGGAGGCAAAGAACAUCCUUCGAUCUAAGCAGGGCUUUUAGUGUGCUCAUUGAUGAGUGAAAGUCGCCACACAUGUCAAGCUAAAGGCAGUUGUUGGGUUACUAACAGGACACAACGUCUUGCAAACAUAUGCGUUAAGCUGUGUAUACAGAUGGCAGGGAGAAGAAUGGAGCAGGCGCCUCUUAUAAAGCUCUAGCUGCUGCCUGUCUCCAGACCUGGGAAAUGAAACUAUUCAGACUCAGGGCCAGAUAGCGCCUGGGAUUGUUUGUUACCGUUUUAAUCCUAUUAAUUAAAACGUUAACCUGAUUGGGUAGAAAGCUCUGUCCCAACAGGCGACUCUUCCUCAUAAUAACCUACUCUCCGAGAUAAUGAUGUAAAAGACUCCCCCGUCCUCCGCCGCCGCCGCUGCUGCUGCUUGAUGGCUCCGGAAAUCUCUUGAAGGUGAAUCCAAGCAAGAUAAACGGUAGAAGCGGUUGGGCUGGCAACGCACAAUGCCCCAGCGAGGAGCCUGCUGAGGGCGAGCCGGAGCCGGAGCUGCAACCGGAGCCGCAAACAGAGCUCCAGUCAUCACCGGAGCUGUCCACCGGAGCCACCACCGGAGCAGGAGCAUCCGCACCGCCGGGUACCGGGAGCAAGCGGGAAGCGAUUUGUGAGCAGCGGGGACUCCCUGGGAGCCGCCCGCCGAGGAGAGGAGCCUUGGAGGAGCGGGCCGGGAGCUGAGGGGGGCGGAGGAGGAGGAGGAAGAGGAGGAGAAGGAGGAGGCGGCGGCGGCGAGCGGGGCACCGAUGGAGCGGGCGCUGGGGCUGCCCGCAGAAGAAGACCUCUUCCACAAGAGCCUCGCCGCCUCGGCCAAGCGCAUGGAAUCCGCCUUCCGUUCACCCCCGGGGCUCGACCUCUCCCACCCCCGCGACCGGCAACCUUCGCCUCUCGCUUGCUACGAAGCGGCGGAGCCCGAGGGGCUGCUGGCAGCCGGUGUCGGCGGGGACCCGCUGGCUCUGCCGCCGGGCUCCGUGUGUCUCAAGUACGGCGAAAGCACCAGCCGCAGCUCGGUGGCCGAGAGCAGCGGCGGCGAGCAGAGCCCCGACGACGACAGCGACGGUCGCUGCGAGUUGGUGCUGAGAGGAGCCGGGGGGGACCCGCGAGUGGCUUCGCCGGCGGCGGGCGGUGGCGGUGGCGGAGGUGGGGGGGGCGGCGGCGGCGGAGGAGGAGGAGGGGGGCUGAAGGCGAGCGAGGGCGGCUGCUCCAACAGCCACGGGCACGGCGGCAGCAAGAAGUCGAAGGAGCAGAAAGCUCUGCGGCUGAACAUCAACGCGCGGGAGCGGCGACGGAUGCACGACCUGAACGACGCUCUGGACGAGCUGCGGGCCGUCAUCCCCUACGCCCACAGCCCCUCGGUCAGGAAGCUCUCCAAGAUCGCCACGCUCCUCCUGGCCAAGAACUACAUCCUGAUGCAGGCGCAGGCCCUGGAGGAGAUGAGGAGGUUGGUGGCUUAUCUCAAUCAAGGUCAAGCUAUCUCAGCGGCUUCUUUACCCAGCUCGGCGGCGGCGGCAGCGGCGGCGGCGGCCGCUCUUCAUCCCGCCCUCGGAGCCUACGAGCAGGCGGCCGGGUACCCCUUCAGCGCCGGGCUGCCUCCCGCCACCUCCUGCCCCGAGAAAUGUGCCAUUUUCAACAGUGUCUCCUCCAGCCUCUGCAAACAGUGCACGGAGAAGCCUUAAGUGAUGCCGCUGCCGUUGUCCCCCUCGCUGCCCGCAGCCGCCGCGACCCCUGGGAGCGGCGACAACUGGCGGCCGGGAUCCGGACCGGGAGCAGCGGAUGGACUGAGAGCUGCCCCGACCCCGUUUCCCUCCUUCCGGCCUCGACUCGCUUCCUUCUUCAUUUCCUCGGGACCGCGAUGGCAGACAGAGCGCGGGCGGCACCGGGGAGGGGCGGCGGGGGGACCGUGGGGAAGACUCCUCGGCCCCAGGAGUGCUGGGGGGGGCUGCUCUUACGGGCCGCCCUCUGCUCGUCCGGACAAAAGAGAGGCCGAGGAUGGGCUGGGAGCCGGGGUUAGGAUGGGGAGAGGGACGCAGAGCAGCUCCCCAGCCCCGGUCUGUCUCCCGGUGAGGGAAUGGGGCCAGGGGUGGAGGUGGAUGGGACAAAUCAGAGAGGGCACUUCAGCAUAGAUGAUUUUUUUUUUAAUUAUUAUUAGCAGUAUUAUUAUUAUUAUUAUUAUUAUUCUGAGCCAGGAAACAAAACAAACUUGAAAUGUAAACUUAUUAUUUAAAGCGACUCGCAGAAACAAAAGAGACUCGGACCAUUGCUAUGAGAAGACUUUGUAUUUUUUAUCGUCUCCAAACUUUGAUCCCGUGCAAAUGCGCAAAGUUCGGUGAGAGUGAGGUUAAAAAAAAAAAAAGAAAGAAA